AUGGCUGCCCCUCUCUGUAACGUCCACCCUCUAUUCGACCUGAAGAAUCGAAACUUCAUUGUAACUGGCGGUGGCCAGGGAAUUGGCUUCGGGGUUGUUCGUGCGAUCGCUGAAUAUGGCGGCAACAUUGCGGUCUUGGAUAUUCGGGACCAGCCAAUUGACGAAUAUGAUAGCCUCGCGACAGAAUUUGGUGUCAAAACAACCUACAUAAAAACAGAUGUCUCGAAUGAGGAAAGUCUCACCAGUUCGUUCACCAAGGCACCUGAUUUCUUGGGCUCUGUCCAUGGGGCUUUCACGUCGGCGGGCAUUGCUAUCGAUAAGCCAUUUGUCGAGCAAACAUGGGCCGAAGCGCAAAGGAUUCAGGAUAUCAACGAUUUUGACAGAAGCAUUGGGGUGGAAUUGGCUUCCCAUGGCAUCCGUGUCAACUCGAUUUCGCCGGGGUUCAUUGCCUCAGAGCAGACUCGCGUUGUACGUGAUCGCAAGAGUCCCGAAGACUCUGCAAUUAUGGAUAUCGCACCUCCGCUGGGUCGAAUCGGUAACUUCAAUGACUUGACAGGAGCAGUAAUUUACCUUUUGAGUGAUGCCUCCGCUUACACCACCGGUGCCGAUAUCCCGAUCACAGGCGGCCUGCACAUUGGAAGAAUCAAGGCUUAA